UAAUGCUUGUUUUAUUUUUGCAUAUCAUAUUUUUCCGCAAAGAUUAGAAUUCGAUUAAAUUCAACGAAAUAGUCACACUGCAAAUACAUUUCUUCUAAUUUUUUUUUAAUAAGCAUAGUUUUAUUUGAUGAACAUAAAAUAAAUAUCUCCUUGAUCAUUCACGUUCAUGUCUAUAAUAUAUCUAUAAGGAAUUUAUUCAUUAAAUUAUAUCUGACAUACAUUAUUCCUGACAUUUUAUUUCAAAAUUUUUCAGAAUUAUAUAUCGUGAUCUUCCUGUGUCAGAUUACGUUGAAAUACUUUUGAAAUUCGUUAAAUAAAUUGGGGUCUAAAAUUAAUAUGUGUGUCUGUGAUUAUGUAAGAAAACCAUGUGGUGUUAUCGAGCUUUGAUUAUUUUUUACUUAAACCCAAAUUAUAAUUCUUAGAAAAAAAGAAUGACAAUAUUUAUUAUUUGUCUUAAUUUUCUAUAACUCAAUUUUUUUCGAUUUCGAGGUAAAAAAAUAUUUUAGACAAAAGUUAUGUGUUCUUUUAAGAUAAAAUAUGAUUAUAAAAAAUGUGUUUCUAUUUAAAAAAUAUAUAUAUAUAUACCUUGAAACAACUUUAACACUUUCACUAAGUAAAAAUGAUAAAUACCAUAAUAUUUCCACCUUGAAAUCAGAUAGCUUUUGUCUAAACAAUGUUUCUACAAAAUUUCAUGUUUCUGAAAUAAAAAUUUAUAACGCUAUAUUUUGACGGUAUAUGUUGUAAUAUAUUAUUAUAUAUACUAUAUUAAGUAUAACUUAGACUUAAAAAAAAAAUUUCCUAUAUGAACUAAUAAAUAAUUUUAUAGUUAUAAAAUGAAAUAAAAAAUACAGAUAUACGUCUAUAUACUUAAGUAAAUGACUUCAAAGUUACUCGACGUUAAAGAAGUUUAAUAUUUUGUAAUAAUACGUUCAAUGAUACAAGAGGAAACGUAUGCAUAUUUAUUGCAUCCAGAAAUUUGCCAAUAUUUGAGCGGAAGUAUAAAUUGUCAAAAUAUAAAACGUAAUGGAUCUUUGUUACUCGUUAAAAUUGUUGACGCAGUUAAAGAUACGCUAGAGUACAAGUUAGGUCACGAUAUUGAUAAUUUUCGCAAGACCACUCUACUUGUGUGGUCGCACCUCUAUCAUGAAAGAUUCGAUAGCUUUUUUAAAUUUUCUAAUUGCGUAAUAUACUCGUACAUUGGUUCAUUACAUUAAAGAUAUAAUUAUUGUAUCGUUAAUGGAUAUGAUUAUUAUUAUUAUUAUUUAUUUAUUAUUAUUAUUAUUAUUAUUUGCGACUAUACUCUCCGUAUAUCGUUCAUGCACCGUACAUACAAAGUUUUAUAAAAGGUCAUAACAUAUGUAGUAACGAUAACAUUAAAGCCUCGUGGUGGUGGUUGAUCAACACCGUCGUCAACAAAGAUCUCGAAGGCCAGCGAUAUUUCGUUCUGGUUACAGACAUGGAUAACAAAGUUUUUCUGUUUAUCUCUUGAACUCGCCUCGUCAUAACUCCUCGUCGGUCAAGUGAAUAAAUUUAUAAAUUAUACUAGAAGUUCGUACGUGCGUUAGUACUAUCUCGUCUCUCGGGAAGAAUUCAUCACGUUGAAAAUAGUUAACUUUUGUCUCGUCGUUACUUUUAGUGUCGAUUAAAUAAAUUAAAAACGGCUUAUUACAGAAGCUCAUUAAAUCCGUUAUAUCGUACAUUAUACGAUUAUUUUUUACCAGUCGAUGAUCAAAUCAAAGCAAUCUGAUUGUGGCUAUAUGAGUUUUAUAAUUGUUGAGAAGUAUCCAAAUCAAGAAUUGGUGGAAGUGCUCGAAAGUCAAGCUUCUAGUAGAUCAAACAAAAUUGAUUGUAGAAAAAUGGCUGCAGUACCACAAGCAGCGUUUGCAGCGAGCAAAGUCCGAUGUAAUGAGAAACACGAUAAUAGUCUGAUAUCACUGAUAGAAGGAAAAGAAAAAGCAAGCAAAGAAAACACAUAUAAUGGUAGAUUCUACCUAGAAGGUUGGGAACUCACGCCCUUGAAAUAUAACAGCAAACUGAUGAACAGCAUUUGGGGUUUAUAUAACCGUUAUUCUGUACAUAAUUUCAAGAAAAAUACUGAUGCCAAUGAAGGGUUCUUAGCGACUGUAUGGCAGACGGUUUAUUCAAAUCCUUCCGUUAUGUCUGCUUCAGUCGUUUCAGCUUCAACUACUAUGGAAACUCCUCGUAUCUUAGGUACUAGAAAUGGUAUCUAAUGGAUAGAAUAUUUCCAAUAUGAUAGUUUUGAGCGUCGCACUUACUAUGAAUAUAUCAUCGGCAGUCAAUAAAAUAGCGUACCAGUUAAUUUCAUGUCAGUAGAAACAUACUUAAAUUAACUCUUUCUAUUAAUCUUAUUCUAUCAUAUAGGAAAAAGUAUGAUUGUUUUUAAAAAUAUUCAUAUAUAUUUGAAAUCUAACAAUUAAUCGAAAAAUUAAUGUUUUUCGAAAUAUAAAGAUCGAACUACAUAAUUUCGAAGCUGUAGACAACAAGCCAAUAUGAGCCAUGCGAAUUUUCAAUUUACGGGAAUAGUGUUUUUUUACUACUCGUAAUAGUUACUAGGAUAACGAAUGAAAAUCAUGCUUUUUCGAAUAGUCGAAACAAUUGCUUGUUUGAUCGUAAGCGGUGAUGUUUUGUAUUUUGAUAUAUAAAUAUGUAUGUAUACAGAUUUUCGAUUCAUAUUUUCCUAUAUGUUAAGAUAAUUUACGAAAAUUUCUUACUACAGUGUAAAGUCAACUGGUUCGUCAACUGGGUUAGGAAAAGUAAAUAAACUGUUAUUUGCCAUGAA